AUGCAAUCAAAUCUUAAACCAUUCACUUAUUAAUUAAUCAAGUAAUAUUCAAUUAAAUAAUAUGAAUAUUGUAAUGCAAUUGCAGUUAAUAAAGAUUUUUCAUUAAUGGUUGCUGGAUGCAAUUAAUAAAUUAAAGUGUUUUAAUUUAAGUAAGGAAUCUUCAAAUAGGUUUCAAUUUUAGAUGAACAUACUGAUAAUGUUUAUACUUUAAAUUUUAUGAAGAGAUCGGAUCAGUUUAUAUCAGGGAGUCGAGAUAGUUCAAUUAUCAUAUGGAUAAGAAAUCAAAAAAAUUCUUGGAUUUGCUAAUAGAAAUUGAAUGAACAUAUAAGUGAAAUCUUUUGUUUGGCAUUAAAUAAUUAUGAAGAUCUUAUUGUAUCUGGUGGUCAUGAUAAAACAAUUAAAUUUUGGUAUAAGUAAAAUGGAUGGUUGUGCUCUUAGACAAUCACUGAUCAUACUAAUGAUCUACAUGGAUUAAGUUUUAAUGAAUAAUAAAAUAAAUUGAUAUCUUGUGGAAUAGAUAAUCUUAUUUUAGUAAUAGAACAAUCAUAAUAAAAUAAAUUAUGGAUUGUUAUAUAAAAGAUUGUUGUGGAAAAUUUUGGAAAUCGAUUAUGCUUUAUCGAUGAUAAUACAUUUACAUUUUAACCUUAUUAAAAAGAAUACAUGCAUGUUUAUAAGAUGAAUAUUACUAAUAAAUAGUAUACAAAGACCAAGGAUAUUCUAAUAAAAGGGGGUUCAGAAAAGUGGUUGUUUCCUUAAUAAUAUAUGAAAUUAAAAUGUAUCCUUGUGAAUAAGUAUGCAACAAAUGUGAAUUUAAUAAGGAAGAAAUAAAAUUGUGAUUUUAUAAUAGAAUAAUCUAUUGAGUUUGGAACUGGAGAUAUUUUGGGAUGUAUGACUGACGAUGGGUAGUAUUUAAUUACUUUGGAUUACAGGUCAAAAGAAUAUUAGAUUAGAAAAUAUUAGGAACAAUGA